AUGUUGGACCAGUCAGCUGGACAUUCGGAGGAGGUCAAAACAGGGACAACAAUCAUCGCCAUAGAAUUCGAUGGCGGGGUCGUGCUGGGCUCGGACUCGCGGGUGACUGCAGGCCAGUCCGUAGUGAACCGCGUGAUGAACAAACUCUCGCCCCUCCGGCCCAAGAUUUACUCCGCUUUGUCCGGCUCUGCAGCGGACGCUGAGGCCAUGGCCGAUCAUCUCCGAUAUCAGCUACAGCUUCACUGCUUAGAGAUCGAGGAGGAGCCAAGGGUGGGGGCUGUCGCCACUCUGGUCAAGAGCAUCUCGUACAGGUACAGGGACGAAAUGGCGGCUCAUCUCAUCGUGGCCGGCUGGGACCGAAGAGGAGGCGGGCAGGUGUUUUCCACUCUCAGCGGCGCCCUAUUGCGACAACCCUUUGCCGUAGGUGGCUCGGGCAGCCUUUACGUGUACGGCUAUGUGGACGCUGCGUACCGUUCCGGCAUGAGCAGAGAUGAAUGCCAGCAGUUUGUUCUUAACACCCUGGCGUUGGCCAUCAACAGGGAUGGCUCCAGUGGAGGGGUGGCCUACAUCAUCACCAUUGACCAGCACGGUGCGGAGGAAAAGGUGGUGUUGGAGGGUGACUUACCCAACUUCUAUAACAAGUGA